AUGUUUUCUGCACCAAACCUCCGUGUGGUUCGGGUCCAGGCGGCUCGUUCCUUUAAAAAGAGAGCAGAUUACCUCACGGUUCCCGUGGACAUCCCCAAAAAACACCCAAAGUCCCACGAUGGUCCUUUGAAGCGUCAGCUCAAAGGUUUCCUCGGACCCAGAAACAUCAGAGGUGAAUACCACACCAACAAGUACUGUUACCCCCCACAGAAUCACCAGCCACUGUAUAUCGACGAGAGAAACUCCCCUCGAGUGACGCCGGGUGCUGUGCUGCAAGAAAGACCUCCAUCCAGAGACCUUUCCAGUCAGCCUUUCCCAGCUAACAAAUACACCCAAACGGCACAGGUGAUUCUGGACGACUUGAAACAAACGAUAUUUUCGGAGGUGGAGGAGAAGGGACGCAACGUCCAGGAGAUCGCCCAUAAAUACGGCAUUCGUCUUCCUCGUGUGGAAGCAUUGGUGAAACUACAGCGCAUUGAGAGACAGUGGAAAGCAGAGGUAUGUACAUUUGGAUUCCAAAUGAUGAGAUUAGCUUUUAAAAAAUUUUCGAUUAGUCUUGAAGACCCAUCCGUGGUUAGAAAUUUGCUCCUGAAGGAACUUUCAAAGAAUCAUACUAACAAUAAUCAGAACAAAAUCAACAAGGACCUUGAAAAAUACGCCAAGGUGAUGCACAAGAUGUUCCCCUUGUUUUACCCACCCAAACACAAGGACAACUUGACGGAAAUCCCCACUCCCGGCAAGACCUUGCACCAGCGUUUUGUCACCAUCUCUGAAUCUGAGCCUUUUGGCCCUGUAGACGCUGCUAAGAUUUUUGGUCUUGAGCCCGCCCAAGAGACGCUUAACGCCUUGUCGGAGUUUGAAAACGUGAGCGAUUCUCCCAAAGUCAGACACAACGACGUUGUGGUUGGAGUCCAGAAGGAUGGCGACGACGCCCAGUUCCGUUUCACCAAAGCCACUUCUGGCAAUGUCGGUUUCCGUUACGGUGCAUCCCGCAGAGACAAGAAGAGAGAUCGUGCCGUGGGCUUUGACAAGCUUGGCCGCAUGGUGUACACCGUAUAG